CACCUAAAGAGAGAGAAAAAAAGAAGCAAAAUCAACAAAGACAGACGGCGUGUUUCAAACACUUGGCAACCAAAGUUGACACCGUCUUAAAAGGGAACACGUAAAAAGUUGCCUGUUUGAGCAAACCUUACAAGCAUUUGGUUCACUCUAGAUCAGAGUAACAAGUGAAACGUCGAUCGAAAAGAUACAGAAGAAUAAACGACACGAACAACGAAAAUCACUGGUCAAAAGCGGCAUCGAGAAGACAGGAACAAGGAAAAUGGCUAACCAAUCAAAUCCAAGCAUGGUUCGCCCCCCUCCCCUGAUUGAUAAUGAAACUUUCAAAAGAGAGGCAGUUAUCACAUGGUGUGCCUUUUACGUCCAAAUUGCUUUCCUUGCAGUCUUUGGCAAUGGACUAGUUGUGGCAUCCUUCAUUCGGUACUCGCGACUACGUACGAUAACAAAUUACUUCGUGGUCAGCCUCGCUGUGGCAGAUAUCUUGGUCGGCCUCGUCUCCAUACCCAUAUGGAUCUCAAUGCUACUUUAUUCAACAGGAGGUAAAACGUUAGGGAACAUUUACUACAUCCUUGACAUCUUUGCCGGUACCUGCUCCAUUCUGCAUCUCGUGACCAUCAGCUUAGAGCGCUUCUUUGCUGUGGUUUAUCCAAUUCGUCGCCGAAACACCUCACCCAAAGUCUACUAUAUAUUUUUGGUGGCCGUGUGGAUUAUUCCAGCCGCAGCAUCUCUAUCUGCACUGGAACUAAGGGAAAUCAACCGCAAAGCUAAUAUGAUGUUUCUUUUCAUGGGAUUCUUCGUAAUUCCAUUGUUGGUCAUUCUGUUCACUUACGCAAAGAUUUGGCUCACGGCCAGGAAUCGAAUACAGCCGGCUCGGGACAGUUCACGAUCGAUAAAACGUGACAUGCGUAUUGCAGUUACCAUUGCGUUAGUUAUUGGCUUUUUCGUAAUUGCCUGGUUACCUUUCUUUACAGUUCAGUUACUAAUAGUGUUUUGCGAGUCAUGCAAACCCAGAAUUUACAACACCGACCUCCUUUUGUUUGUAAAGUAUAUGCAUUACAGCAAUUCAGCGAUCAAUCCUAUUGUCUACGCUGUGAAAAUCCCAGAGUUCCGUCGAGCCUUCAAGCAGUUAGUUUGCUGCUGUGAUAGCGGAACCCCAUCCGUCACAGAAAUUGUAUCAGGAACAGACAUGCGUGUCGCCUCACAUACCUCUCACGAAAGAGCUUUGUCGCAUUAAAAAUAUAAACAUUUCAAUACAAAGAUUCCAUAUCCCAAGUUUGUGGUCAACUGGCAGGAAUAUAAUUCAGAUAUUUUCAAAGAUUGAGAAAUACAACAAUGAAUAUUUGAGUAGUUUCAGUUUAAAAUAAAUUUCCCAUGAGCCAAGAAACUAAGUGAGCCCGCCACAUCAUCGAUACAUUUCUGCUCAUUGAGAUUCGUUCCGAACUCCAUCGGAUAAUGAUUAAGAGGUGAUAUCGUAUGGGUGAAAUUGCUGAUAAGUAAUGUAAUGACCAUGAAAGUGCGGAAAUAUUAACUUGCAGCUGUAAAUCACCUCUCGAAAAUUUUUUAAAGAAACUACUCGUUAAGCAGAAAUGCUUUCUCACGGGAAAAAUGAUAAAAGAUAAGCAAACGCAGCAGCGGAAAAUGUUCGCUUCCAGGUUGAUUUGAAAGGCUCCCUUGCUCUACCCAUUGUGGAAAAAUCAAGACCUCCAUGAAUACAAUGAGGGGCGAAAUUUGAAGGUAAAAUUUUGCA